AUGACUCGCUAUUUUCUCACCCCCCACGCGCCGCUUGCCCUCUCUCUCUCUCGUUUUCUAAUUUAAUUUUACAACUCGGGUGGUCUCGCCUCUAGUUCCGCCCCCUUCUCGGCCUCCUCUCUCUCCUGGUAUCGCUCCAUUGGUCGCGGGCUAGUGGACUGAGCGAUCGCCGAGGUUUGGUGCGGCUCCGUCGCGAUCGGCAAGCAUCGAGCUGAGCUGCUGUCCCGGCCGCAAUUCGUAGGCUUUGGGUGAAUUUAUCAGGGAUCUUCGGAUUUCUCAUGGGUUGUUUUCCGUGCUUUGAGUCGCCGAAGGAGGAGGUUGUGAAAAAGAAUCCUAGGAAAGGUGGCGCGGAGUUCAAGAAGGAGUCUUCUGCUGCCCCUUCGUCGCAUCUUCGCAUUUCGGACAAAUCAAAACCAAGGACAGAUUCAGACUUGACAAAGGAAGCAUCAAUUUCCAAAGAAGGCAGUGCUGAGCAUAUCGAAGUAAAGUUAUUUACUUUCCGUGAGAUUGCUGCUGCUGCUAAGAACUUCAGGCAAGAUUGCCUCUUGGGUGAAGGGGGUUUUGGUCGUGUAUAUAAAGGAAGGUUGGAAACUGGACAGGUUGUUGCUGUCAAACAACUUGACAGAAAUGGUUUACAAGGGAACAGAGAGUUUCUCGUUGAAGUCCUUAUGCUUAGUCUUGUACAUCAUGAUAAUCUUGUCAAUCUGAUUGGUUAUUGUGCUGAUGGGGAUCAACGAUUACUCGUCUAUGAGUUUAUGCCAUUGGGAUCAUUGGAAGAUCAUUUGCAUGAUCUCCCAGCUGAUAAGGAACCACUUGAUUGGAAUACCCGGAUGAAGAUAGCAGCUGGUGCAGCUAAAGGUUUGGAGUACUUGCACGAUAAGGCAAGCCCUCCUGUUAUUUAUCGUGACUUCAAAUCUUCGAACAUCCUUCUUGGUGAAGGAUAUCAUCCUAAGCUGUCAGAUUUCGGGCUUGCAAAACUUGGUCCUGUUGGUGAUAAAACACAUGUCUCAACAAGGGUGAUGGGAACAUAUGGUUACUGUGCUCCUGAGUAUGCUAUGACAGGGCAGCUAACUGUGAAAUCUGAUGUUUAUAGUUUUGGUGUUGUCUUUCUGGAACUAAUUACUGGACGGAAAGCGAUCGAUAACACUCGACCUUCUGGAGAUCAAAAUCUUGUAGCAUGGGCUCGUCCAUUAUUUAAAGAUCGUCGAAAGUUCCCUAAAAUGGCUGACCCAUUACUACAAGGCCGUUAUCCAACAAGAGGCCUAUAUCAGGCACUGGCUGUUGCUGCCAUGUGUUUGCAGGAACAAGCAGCUACUCGACCUCUUAUAGGGGAUGUCGUGACGGCACUUUCUUAUUUAGCUUCUCAAAGCUAUGAUCCAUAUACAGCUAAUACUCAGCCUUCGACCCCAAGGUCUAGAGCUGGGUCUGGCAACCUCAAUUCUCCACAUCGAAAUUCUCCAGAUCUUAGGCAAAAAGAUCCACUCAAGGGAGCAAAUAGAAGUGCAAAAGUGGGAAGGGAUGGCUCUGGCGGUGGCUCUGGACGCAACUGGGGUUUGGAGGAAUUGGAAGCCCAGGAAUCUCGGAUGGAUAGCCCAGUUCAUGUUGGUAGAGCAAGAGAAUCCCUGAAGAAUUUCAACCGGGAUGAUCACAGGGAGCGAGCUGUUGCAGAAGCCAAAGAAUGGACUGAAAAUUGGAGAGAGGGGCAAAGGAAACAUCAACUGGGUAGCUUCGGCAGCAAACAUGAAUAGAGAUCCUCAGCUCCAUUCAUUUAUAUGCUUUACUUCCAAGGAAAGAUAUAUAUAGUCAAGAGUUUUGCUGGUCAGUUCUCCAGUGUCGUCACAUGUUUCAUGUUGCUAAAUUUUCUGUGAAUAAAGAUGCACGCUGUGGUCAUCCUUGCUUUCUUUCU